AUGAACCCACCCAAGUUCGAUCGCGUCGAGGAUAUUGCAGAUCUCACAUUUCUCAACGAAGCCAGCGUAGUCCACAACCUCAGACUACGCUACGGCUCCGGAAAUAUCUAUACUUACUCAGGCCUGUUCCUAGUCGCCAUAAACCCCUACCAGUCCCUCCAACUUUACACAGACUCCAUCGUCCAAUCAUACCGCGGAAAACGUCGGGACGAGAACCCACCACACAUCUUCGCCAUCGCCGAACGCGCAUGGGUCAACAUGGGCGACGAACGCGAGAACCAAUCCAUCCUCAUCACCGGCGAAUCUGGCGCCGGCAAGACAGAAUCGACGAAGAAAGUCAUCCAAUAUCUCGCC